AUGAUAAAGAGCAUUAAGCAUACCAUUAUCUGGGUUUUCAAGAUUGUCGAAGUGUGGACAUUGAGGUUCGAGCCAACUAGGCUUAAUCAUCUCAAACACCGUCGUGCUUCUUCUCCAUCACUCAAACUCUCCCCAAAGGUUCAGACUCGCUCUCACUUCCGCUUUCCCAACCUCCAAAAUUCAAGCGCAAAUUUCAACAAGCCAAAGUCCAAACCAUCGACAGCAAAAAUGCCUAUCAAGUGGACUCCAGCCAUUGAUCAGAUCCUCCUCCUCAAGAUCCUCGAAACCUCCCAAGUCAACGUCAACCCUGUAGCAAUCUCCGCAGUAUGGCCUGAGGGUUUCGAAAAGCCCAGUCCCCGCGCCAUUAGCGAACGCUUGGUCAAGAUCCGCCAAACUUCCAAAGACAACGGCGCCGCUUCCCACUUCAGUGUCUCGAAGGCAAAGUCCGGUGCCGGUCCAGCUGGGACACCACGCAAGCGCGCUACCGCUCGUACCAAUGCGGCGGUCAAAAAGGCUACUGCACCAGCUCAGGUUGGCAAAGGAGGAAAGGUCUCUGCCCGUGGUAACGGCGGUGCCGGUGAGAAGCGCAAGCGUGGGAAUCGGGGCAGGAGCGAGGACGAUGCUACCGAUGACUCCGAGGACGAUAAACUCAAAUCCGACGAGUCUGACUCCGAAGAUGAGGACGAACCGCCCAGCAAGAAAGCUAAGUACGGAAAGGGUAAAGUCAACGUCAAACUUGAGGAGAGCGAGGGCGGAUUCUGUGACAGCGGGUAUGAGAAUGCGAAUGAGGAUGCUUUUGUGGGCACUGAGGAGGAGGUCUUUGCCUAG